GAGAGAGAGAAUCCAGAGAGUCUCUCUCUCUCUCUCUCUCUCUACUACUACUAAAUAAAUAGUAGAGGAGAGAGUUAUAUAGACUUGUUGCUUCGACGCCAAUUUCCAUAUAAAAACUUGAACAUCGUCUGCUAAAUUCUCAACAACAACAAAAACGAAUACAUAUCGUGAUAUUUUUUAUUUUAGAAUAUGUAUGCUAAAAGCUCAUUUCGUAUCUUGACCACUAUUCUGUUGACAGCCGUUAAUGCUACGGAAUUCGCAUUCAUAGCAGAUACCCCAGACAAUGAUAAUUUCAAUCAGGUGGCAGACAUGGUUAAAGCGAAGGGUGUGAAUUACAUAGUUCACGGAGGAGAUAUCUCGUAUGUACCCGGCACAGAAUACGAAGAACUUGUGUAUGAUAACACAGUUGGUAGAUAUUUUCAUGAUUUGUUGUAUAAUUACCACGGAGUGUAUGGUGAUGGCAGUGACACUAGACGAUUUUUUGCCACAAUCGGUAAUCAUGAGUGUAUUGAAACUGCAUCUGGGCUUGAUCCUACGUACUAUCGCGCAAGAAAUUUUUUUUCUCAGGAUGAGGGUGCGGAGAUGCCAGGAGGGUUCACUGUUCCCAGCAAAGGAGUUUAUUAUACCUUUGAAAUCAAUGAUAUACAGUGGUUUGUGUUGAACAAAUACGAGAGUUUUGAAGAAGGAAGCACUCAGCGCGAGUGGUUCACAGAGGCCGUAGACGCAUCGACAGCCAAGUGGAAAUUGGUUAGUCUUCAUGAGAGCAUCAUGGGUGCAGGGCAAUACUGGACAGAGCACUAUGAGAAUGGAGAUGGCAUGAAUGCCUUUCAAGAAUUCCCAUUCAAGCAGCAUGGUAUCGAUGCGAUCUUGAUGGCCCAUGAUCACGGAGUCUCAUUAGUCAAAUAUCCAGAAGAUGAACCCGAGACAGUUUUUGGCAAAUUUGUAGGCAAUGGAGGUAUGUACUACAUCACAGCUGCUGCUGGUGGAGAAUCCAGGCAUGUCAGAGGUGACGAGGACUUGGACCCCCCCGGGCUGCUUUCAGCAUAUUAUGCUGACGAUGGUGAAGCGGGUAUAGGUGCAGUCUUUGGAACGAUUACUGAUGACUAUUUGUCCAUUAGCUAUUACAGCAUCGAGAAUGAAUAUGUGUCAUUAUUCGACAUAUACUUGUAAUGUGUCGCUAAAAACCGAGUAAAGGCAUUAAAAUCGCAAUAUGGCCAGCAAUAAAUCCAAUCGUGUCAUAUGUACAAAUUUCUCGUCUAUUAUGUUGGUCCUAUGAUAUCCCUACAUAAAUUAAUAAAUGGUAUGUACAGC